GAAAGUACACUCUCCAAAACGGGUACCCAAAGGGUUUCCAACAUAAAAUCGAAAGGCAUUUGUUUUCACUAGAAGAAAAUGUGGUUCCAUCUGGAUAAGAUAUUUUUGCCUAUGGUUGUCUUGAUAGUUUAUCUACUAUCAUGUCAGGAUACAGCUGCAGCACACAGUAAGCUAACAGGAUUGCCUUCGCAGAGGCUGAGAAGGCAAACUGGAACACCUGUACCAAUUAACUGUCAGCUCAGCCAAUGGUCAGAAUGGACUGAAUGUUUUCCUUGUCAAGACAAAAAAUACAGAUAUAGAACUUUGCUGCAACCAUCCAAAUAUGAAGGAGACAUGUGCAUUGGCAGCCUUUCAGAGAAAGUGGCAUGUGAGCCAACAAGAACAUGUACUAUGAGCCAAAAUUGUGGAACUGAUUUUAAGUGUACAGACAGUGGUCGCUGCAUUAAACGCCAUCUUAUAUGCAAUGGAGAACCAGAUUGUAGAGAUGGGUCUGAUGAGACUGAUUGUGAGGAUGCUGAAACAUUAUGUGAUGACAUGGACCCAAUCCCUGGGGUUAGAAGACUAGCACAAGGUUACAAUAUCCUUACACAAGAAGGAGCUGACAUAGUGUAUGAUCCUACAUACUAUGGGGGCCAGUGUGAAUCUGUCUAUAAUGGAGAAUGGCGAGAAGAGAAGUAUGAUCCUGUAUGUGAUAAUCUGUACUAUGGGGAUGAUGAGAAAUAUUUUCGAAAGCCAUACAAUGUUCACUUCUAUCAAUUUCUAGCACACGCUGAUUCUGGUUUUUCUACAGAGUAUUUUGAUAAUGCCAAGGACUUACUAAGUGCAAUAAAACGGGACACUUCUUGGAAUGCUGGUUUUACUGUUGGUGUAGGUCCUGCAGACAUGCCUCUUAAUUUGGAACUAGGAUUUCGCUUAUCCCGUGGAAAGGGAACCCUCAGAAAUACUACAGACUAUGCCUCAAAGAAUUUGGGAUUUCUGCGAGCUCUUACCAAAGUACAAACAGCCCGUUUCAAGAUGAGACGAGACAAUAUAUUUCUAGAUGAAGACAUUCUUCAGGUUCUGAUGGAGCUUCCAGAUCAGUACAACUACGGAAUGUAUGCCGACUUUAUUAAUACGUAUGGCACCCAUUUCAUGACAUCAGGAACCAUGGGAGGUGUCUUUGAAUACAUCCUUGUGAUUAACAAAGACAAAAUGGAAAAAGCAGAAAUGAAUAGCAACAUAGUGAACCAAUGUUUUGGACUAUCAAUAGGUUUGACAUUUACUCCAGUGGAAAAUGUUGAUGUGGGUGCCAAGUUGUCAUCUGAAUUCUGUAAUAAGGAUGGAAGCCGAACCGAAGACAAAAAAAGUGCCGAAUCAGUCAUAGAGGAUAUUAUUUCCCGGGUUCGAGGUGGAGACACAGCAUCAAUUGGCAGGAUCAUGGAAGGCUCCAGUGCUAAUGCAUACCGUUACUGGGGGAGGUCAUUAAAACUUAAUCCCUCUGUUAUUGAUUUUGAGCUAGAACCUAUACAUGAAAUACUGCGUAGAACCCAACUUCCCAACAUGGAAAUCAAAAGGAAGAACCUGAAAAAGGCAUUGGAUCAAUAUUUAGUUGACUUCAAUGCCUGCCGCUGUGGCCCAUGCCAUAACAAUGCUGAAGCCAUGAUGGUUGGGACCAAGUGCAUUUGUGAGUGCCAGAAGGGUGCCCGUGGCCCAGCAUGUGAAACCACAAUGAGGGAAGUUGGUCCAGCACACGGUACCUGGAGUUGUUGGGCUCCAUGGACUUCUUGCCAAGGUGGAUCUAGAAGACGUACAAGAGAAUGUAACAACCCAGAACCACGAAGAGGUGGAAGAACAUGUGCUGGCAGGAAUGCACAGACAGCAGAGUGCUAAACAUUUUCUGGGAGUGGAUUAUUAGUGGAAUAAUGGGUUCUGAUUAAUGAACAGGGUAAAUCAAGGAUUGAACCAUAAAGAUAUACAUGAAGAUAAAAUCAGUUUAGGUGCCCAACAGGGAAAAUACAAAGGAAUAAUGCAGUGAUUUCAUAUGGAAUUAACUACAUACGUAUCACAGCUAUCAACAGGGCUUUUCAGAAGAUGGAACUGCUUCUGUCUGCUGAAAGGAGCAAUUUCCCCUCCACCUGGAUCCUGUAUGGAGGAGAAAAGGGAGGAAAUUUGAUCUUAUCUAGCAAAUACCCAUUAGCAUGAGGACUGGAUUUAGGUUUGUGGAAUCUUUCCUGGGUGCAAUGCAUAAAGCUAUACUGGAAAAGAAAAAGAACAUCAAAUCUAAAAUUAGAAGGUCAUGUAAAAGCAGUGACUUCCUCUAGUUUAUGCUAAUCUAUGCUCAUUCUAUGAUAUCAAUGUUAAUUCUAUAUCAAUGCUGACCACAUUGUGGGGCAGUUCAGAACAUUCGCUUCCAUGUGCAAUAAUAAAGGAGAGUGUCCAUUCA